AUGAACUUCUGCUUCAAAGUCCCCGCGGAGGCCUGGCGGCAGCUCCGGGACGCGCGCUGGGAGAAGCUGCAGAAGGCCGACUUCUUCCGGUGUUUCGACAACCGCUCUGAGGGCGCAGAGGGGGCCGAUAUCCUCCUCGCCGCAUUGGCGCGGUGCAGCCAGCUCCAGGAGCUGGACAUGCAGCUCUGCUACAAAGUCCCCGCGGAGGCCUGGCGGCAGCUCCGGGACGCGCGCUGGGAGAAGCUGCAGAAGGCCGACUUCUCGUGGUGUUUCAACGAAGACUCCCAGGGCGCAGAGGGGGCCGAUAUCCUCCUCGCUGCAUUGGCACGGUGCAGCCAGCUCCAGGAGCUGGGCAUGAACUUCUGCUUCAAAGUCCCCGCGGAGGCCUGGCGGCAGCUCCGGGACGCGCGCUGGGAGAAGCUGCAGAAGGCCGACUUCUUCCGGUGUUUCGGCCCAGGCUCCCAGGGCGUAGACGGGGCCGAUAUCCUCCUCGCCGCGUUGGCGCGGUGCAGCGCCCUUCAGGAGCUCAACAUGAAAUAUUGCGACCGCAUCCCCGCCGAAGCGUGGGAGCAGCUGAGCGACGGCGUGUGGCCAGCUCUUCUAAAACAAGAGGGCGUCCCAGAGAGACUUUUCCGGCGUGCGUGA